AUUUCGGCCGGCGCGGUGGCCGGUGAGGGUACGGACGGGAAGCGAGAAUCGAAUCAAAUCGGUCCCAAUCCCCACCCGCCCCCUCCCCCCCUAGCGGCUACCCCGAGCAGGAUGGCGACGCCUAGGUUCUCGCUGGGGCAGCUCCUCCGCCGCGGGUCCGCGCCGUCGCGGCUCGGAGCGCCUGCCGUCUCCCGCGUCGUCCUGCUGUCACGGUGUCGCCGCGCUGAACGGCAUCUUCUCCUUCCAAGGAUCUUCCCGCCAUCCGAUGCUCCUUCCGGUGUCAUUCGGAUCCCCAACAAGCAGUGGUACGAAGAUGCAUGCAAGGGCAAGUCCUCGGGUGGUUCGACAUAUGAGCAAUUAAGAACUGUCAUGAAACAGAACUUCUGCUGGCUUAUGUUCUAUCAUACAAUCCCAAAGGGCAGGGGUAAAGAGGCAUUGGCCUCUCUCAUCUUUGGCCUUGCCGGCAUGUACUGGAUGGUUUGCACACAUGUGCGCCUCAGGAAGCUCAUGCGGGGAGAGAUCAAUGUUAACGGCAAGUGGUACAGGGUAGAGGAUGGGUCUAUAACAUGCGACUAGAGCAAUGGCUUCACCAGUGAAGAUGUUCUAAUCCUUCCGACACAUGCUUGCUUGAAAUACUGUGAUACUAAAUCAGCUCUAUACCUUGUUUGUACUCUGUAAUUAGUCAAUUGAGUACCACUGUGCACCUCUUAUCCGAAAAUGAGAGGUGUAGCUGGGGAUUUUACGGUGAAGUUUCUCCUGAACAACUUCGGACUUAGACAGAAUGAAGGCCGCUAGUCAAAACCGUAGUUGUGCGGCUAUUUUUGCUUGCUUAACUGUUGCCAUUAUGGUUGAUUUAGUUUUACUUGUAGUUAAAUCUGAAAUUACAGCAGGAGACUUGAAUAUAAUCGAGUAUAAUUAGAUGCUUUGUGCCAUUUAUCGA